GCGGCAUGAAGGGAGGACGGCGAUCCAACAGGAGGCUCCUCAGGUCCUUCCUGGCCGCGUGCAGGAAGCUCAGCGCCGAGCUGCAGCUGCUCGGCGCCGCCGCCCCGACGGCGAGCGCGUGGGUGCAACUCGAGGCCGGCGGCGGCGGCGACGAGACCAUCCCGGUGGACGUGCCGAGGGGCCACACGGUGGUGUACGUCGGGGAGGAGCUGCGGCGGUACGUCGUCCGGGUGUCCUCCCUCGACCACCCGCUGUUCCGGGAGCUGCUCGACCGCGCGCGGGAGGAGUACGAGUUCGCCGCCGACGCCAGGCUGUGCCUGCCCUGCGACGAGGAAAUCUUCCUCGCCGUGCUCUGCCACGUCGACUCCAAGCACGACUACUGGAGGCUAGCGCUCUGCAGCUGAUCACGAAGUUGGUGGAUCGCCGCGUUGGCCCCUCUCCUGUGUAGGAUGCAAAGUACAGUAGCUAACUGCUGCGGGAUAACGAGAUUUGCGUUCAUGGUCUCAGAUGUAUAGGUGUAGGCUCCAUGUGUGCAGAAAUUUAGUUCCGUUGUUCAAUGCUCUGUAUUCCAUUCUCCAAGUAUGCGUCGCAUGCAAAAUGUCGUGGUACAGAAUGACAUCCAUUCUACGUAA